AUGUUUCCUAAAUCUUAUGAUGAAUUAUAUUAAUGUCGACUCUUCAAAAAAAAGUUCCUGGGAACUUCUGCGAGAUAUUUUUAUAUCUUUGUGGAUAAAGUUGUUGUGAAUAAAGAAUCGAAUCGUAAGAGAACCGAUCGUGUUUUUAAUAUAGAAAAUACUAAGAGAAUAGUUUGGAAAUACACCGCAGAAUAACCAAUAAAAUUGAAGGGAAUCACAAUUGACAAUGAAAAUUCACAGUAGGAAUACUUUGGUGAAGAUGAUGUGCUUCGUGAAUUAAAAAAAUAUAUUUCUAAGUUAUUCUUCUAGGCGAAGAUUCAAGAGGAAUAUGUGGCUAUUCAAGUGAUUGGAUAGGGGAAUUAUGCUUUAGUUCUCGAAUUAUAACAUUUACACUCAAAUCAAAAGUUUGCUUCGAAAUGUAUAGACAAGAAAAAACUGUAGGCAAUUGAAUAGGGAAUGGAAUCGGUGAUGAAUGAAAUCUAAAUCAUGAGGAUUUUAAGUCCGCAUGAAUAACUCAUUAAUUUGAUUGAGGUCUAUGAAGGAGAUAAUAACAUAUAUCUCAUAAUGGAUUUGGCUCAGGGAGGAAGUUUAUACAAGGAGAUGAAAAAUAAGUUGACCCUGUACAGCAGGUAGGAAGUCUAGAAAAUUAUGUAUUAGGUAUUAUCAGGAUUAUAAUAUAUUCAUUCUAAAGGAAUCAUGCAUAGAGAUCUAAAACCAGAGAACAUUCUCUUCAAAGAAAAGGGGAAUAUAAAUGCUUUAACAAUUGCUGAUUUUGGUUUAUCUGUUAAAGUUGAUUCAUAUCCCUACCUCUAUCCAAAAUGUGGAACUCCAGGCUUUGUUGCCCCAGAGGUUGUUAAUUUGAUGGACAAAGCUUAAUCAUACACAACAGCAUGUGAUAUUUUCUCAGCUGGAGUUAUUUUUCAUAUAUUGCUUUUGGGAGAAGGUUUGUUUAUUGGAAAUGGACAUUAGGAGAUACUGAGAAUGAACAAAUAAUUCUAGGUUGAUUUUAGAAGAUAAAAAUACCAAUAAUUAGAUUCAGAUGCCAGAGACUUAUUAUUCAAGAUGAUAGCCUAGGAUGCUGAUCAAAGAUAUACAGCAACGCAAUGUCUUAAUCAUAUUUUUUUUUAGAAUGAAAUGGCUCCAUAAUUAUUACUAAAAAUGCAAGGGAGUCCUACUAAAGAGUCUUUUGAUCAUUAUUUAGAUACGUACAACAGUCCUGAUCAAAAAUUAAUGAAUAAGGAUAGCAAGAAUUUGUCAAUCGUCACUCGCACUCCCAUCUAUGCUCCUAAGGCUAGCACUCCUGAAUUGCCAAAACAACGAUCUAUUUUGGAAGAACUAAGUCCAUUAAGUUCAUUUUCUUUAGAUUAGCAACGCAAUGAAACACAAAGAGAAGAUUAAUUUUAAUUUGCUUUUACUAAAUGA